CUCUUCUUUUCCCGGGGCCUGGGCGGAGAGGGAGGAAAACUUCCUGGCUGGGACUCUGGCGGUUUCUGCCUGCCACCCCUCCGAUCCCGCCUACCAGUGUUGGCUCUUCCCGACCCCUCCCCCGGCGCCCCCAGUGUCCGCCAUGGCCAAAGCCUACGACCACCUCUUCAAGUUGCUGCUGAUCGGGGACUCGGGGGUGGGCAAGACUUGUCUGAUCAUUCGCUUUGCAGAGGACAACUUUAACAGCACUUACAUCUCCACCAUCGGAAUUGAUUUCAAGAUUCGAACUGUGGAAAUAGAAGGGAAGAGGAUCAAACUGCAAGUCUGGGACACUGCCGGCCAAGAACGAUUCAAGACAAUAACUACUGCCUAUUACCGUGGAGCCAUGGGCAUUAUCCUCGUAUAUGACAUCACAGAUGAGAAAUCCUUCGAGAAUAUUCAGAACUGGAUGAAAAGCAUCAAAGAGAAUGCCUCAGCGGGAGUGGAGCGCCUCCUGCUGGGAAACAAGUGUGACAUGGAGGCCAAGCGGAAGGUGCAGAGAGAGCAGGCUGAGAAGUUGGCUCGAGAGCACAGAAUCCGAUUUUUUGAGACGAGUGCCAAGUCCAGUGAGAAUGUGGAUGAGGCUUUCAGUUCCCUGGCCCGCGACAUCUUGCUCAAGACAGGAGGCCGGAGAUCGGGAAACAACAACAAGCCCUCAAGCACUGACCUGAAAACCUCUGACAAGAAGAACAGCAACAAGUGCUCGCUGGGCUGAGAAACACUUCUUGCCUCCCAUUCACCCUGAGCCUGGAGGCUGAGGGAGGCGGACUGAGGGAGAACUGUGGCGGCAGCUAGAGGGGUAGAUGGUCAGGAUGAGGAGAAUGGGGAAGGAAGGAAAAGAAGAAAGGGGGAGGGGAAGGAACCAAGGACGUGAAGGUGAACAGAAGGGGUUUGAGAAGAGGAGAGGAAGACGACAUGGCUCGGGUCUUGGACAUUCCAACAUUAAUGUCAAUAUGCUGAUCUCUCCUAGUUCAGGUUAGGGUGCCGAGAGGCUGGCUUGGCACUGCUCCGAGGGUCCCUCACUCUACAGGGUCUUUGUUAGUAUUAAAGACCACUGUUUUGCAUCAA